GUUUACCGCUGACCAAAGAAGUACGUCUUGUUGCGAGUAAUUAAUACGUUUUUUGAAUACCAAAACACCUUUGCUUUGUAAAAACUAAAAUGAAAUACUUACGUUUUUAAAGUGUUAAUGUCUUAUUACGGAAAUUUCGCAUUUGCAUAGAGAACUCUGUGGGAAAUGCAACAACCAAUGCAGUAUUUCACAACCACUUCCUAGAUUAUUGUUGUUAUUUUUUCAGAAUUUCCUUUAGUUGAGUACGAAGUGUAACGGAACGGUUGUUCAGGAUGAGCGGCGUGUGGUAUUUAGAACAUGUGACCACUGGCGCACGCCUCAUCCUGCACAACGGCACUAAUUCAGUGGGUCGCCACUCGCGUUGCAGGAUAAUCUUGGGUGGACAGUACCAAUUUGUGUCCCGGGAGCACGCCAAUAUCAUCGUAAGCGAAAAGGGCGUGGAGAUCCAGUCUCUGAACCCCCUGAAUGGGCUCUUCAUCAAUGGAGGCAAGUUGGGCGACAAGAUCAACCGUCUGGCAGUAGCUGAGGGCUCCACAAUCAGCCUAGGAGUCACGGGAGUCAACCUAAAUGAAAUUACUGGCAUACAUGCUGUAUUCAUCCUAAAGAAGAAGGAGCCGGCAGUCGAGGAAAUCGUUCUCUCGUCCGACGAAGACGAUACAACGCCACUGCCCGCCGUGCGAUCCCCCACUGUCAAUCAGCCCACCGAGUUCAACCUUAAGCAGCAAAUACCAAACUUUGGCGGCAAACAGGAGCCCGGCCAGGAGAAGGAGGUACUACCUUCGAGUUCCAAUUUGCAUCUACCAAAACUAACUGAAGUUAAGCAGGAGAUUGUAAAGCAUACCUCAGAAGAGAUACAAAACAUAUUUGGUGAACCAAGUGACGCUAUUCUGAAUUCUGUAUUGGAACUAAAUCCAUAUCUGUACAACAAGCUAACCAACAAGACCGCGAGCAAUGAAAUAGCCCGCAAAAAAAUACACGACGGCGACUGUAUAGAACUAGACACGGAUCCGGAUAAGAGGAGCAUUUCGGAGGCGCAGGAAAACGAAGAGCCUUCGGCAGAGCAGGAAAUAGACGACGAGGAAGAAUACGACGAGAGUUUCGCCAUGUCUCAGGCAGUGAUCAGGGAAAUGAAGGCCGAAAUGCACGUAAGUGAUGGCGAAGAAGACUUCUUGCUGACCAAUGGCAUGGGGAACUUGGCUGAAGGUUCUCCAUCGAACCAAGCUUACGACGACAUUGUCUACAUAAGCGAUUCCGAUGACGAGGAGCUGUACGAUAAGGUGGCGGAUUGGUCAAAGCUGCUGAGCCAAAAGGUGGUACCAGACGUCAUGGAAAUGUCGCAGACCUAUCCGGUAGAGAAUGAACAGGAAGAUUCAGACUCAGACCUAGACAAUAGAGCGAAAAAAACAAAAAGGACGCUGCGCAUCUUAUCCUCCAGUGACGACGACUCUGCAGACGAAGAUCAAACAAAACAAAAGGGAUGCCGUUCCAAAUCGAAAUCUCUACACGACCAUGUUGUGCGGCAGGCCGACAGCACGACUCCGGAUCCUCCAGCUGUUCGUAAAUUAUCUGUCCCAUCCAAAAAAGAGAAUGUUGCAGGCAAAGUCAGUUCCACCGCUGAUGUCGAAAAGAGAGAAAGAGCUAAGCUUAAGUCCUGCUUAAAGAGCUCAGUCCGUCAGUGCCAGCAAACUGUUGCAAUCCGAAAUGAAAUAACUAAUGUCUGCCCGCAAAAAAUUGAGACUGAAUCCCGCAAGCGAAUCGUCCACUCGGCCACUUCUCGGGAUGAGUUAGCUACCACUUCAAAAGAAAUCAAAGAUGCUCCUAAAACUAAUAUGGAACCUCUUAAAAAAAAGCUGCGAAACCGUUCAAAAUCCUGUUAUGUGGAUAGGCCUGUGGAAUUGGAUGAACCCAAAACCAAAAAUAAAGUGCCUCUUAAGGAGAAAUAUGAAAGCGUUGAUAAUAGUCUCGAAGAACUGAUAGUAACCCUGGAGGCUCCGGCAAUGUUAAAGACACCUACUACAUCUAAAACCAAAGGUGCUGGAAAAAAAGCAACGCAGACUCGCGGCAGACGAAAGACAAUACACAGCCGGGAUGAAAUAAGAUCCUUAACAGCUGAGGCUGAAGAAAAUAAAAAGAUUUCACCAGCAGGACAGACCAACGAAGAAAUCAAUAUUCCAACUAAAAGUCCUCUUAAAAGGAGUGCGCGACUGCUCAACCGAUCCAAAUCGUGUUAUAUGGAUCGACCGGUGAUCUCGGAAACCGCAGAUCCUGCCAAGAAGGUGAUCAAGGGCGACACUACUGACAACGUUCUAAACUUUGUUGAUGUGAGACAGACACGCGGCCCCGUUGUGAUUGAGGCUCCAUCCCUGCCAAAAAAUCGCGGUAAGCUACGAGGGGUCUCGGCGGAGGUGAAAGUCAAAGAUGAUCUCCAGCGUUUCAUUGACUAUCAAGCCGAAAUGAACGCUAAAUGGAAGCAGAAACCCAAAGAUAAGAAAAAAGAAGACGAAAAGCUAAAAGAGUGCCGCCGCGAAGCCCUCAAGAAGCUGUCUGAAAAACCAAAGGAAAAUACUCAUAGCUCAACAACCAUUAAGAGAAAGAAACCUACAAAUGUUCCCACCGUUCAAAACUCCAACCGUGGCGCAUUUUUAACGAAAGGAGUGGAUGGUCCAGCCCCAAAACUGGCAAAGACGGAUAACGCUAAGCCACCGGCAAAGAAACCAGUUCCCAAACAACCACCCACUAUCGAAACAUUCUCACAGCAGCUCCAAGCAGCUGAUGAAGCUAUUCUUCAUCCGCAGCCACAGUGCUCUCGUCCAGUGGAGCGGAAAGAAGCAGAGCUGGCGAGGAAUCAGCGCACUUGCAACAAAGUUACCUUUGCCGAAAUGGAGCUUUACCAUCAAAAAGCCGAAGAAUCAAAGAAGCUACAAAAGAAACUCCGUAAGGUGCAUUUCAAAGAUGAUGUGAAGGUACACUACAUCGAAAGGGUCAAGGGAGCUAGUUCUAAGGUUCAGGGACGCAAGGAGUGCAUAAAGCUCCGUCUCAGCUCCUACCGCGAACGCCGCGAAUGGAUUCGAAGGGAAAAUAAACCAGUGAACGACAUACGCCAGCACUCUCGGAGUAUCCUAAAGUGGGCUAACCAAUGGCUAAAGCAUGGCAGCGUAGAUGCGGUUGCUGAACAAGAUGUCCUAAUGCCCAUUCCACAAGAAUUCGAUAGCUUUAAAAACUAUAGAGAGAUAUUUGUGCCCUUAAUGAAGCUGGAGCUGCUUUCCACCAUCGAAAGAGACUAUAAAAUUAACAAAAAGAACACUUUUUCGGUCGGCUUAAUAAACGUUGAUAUGCAGGAUGGUUGCUACCGUUUGGUUACCAGAGUCAAUAGCAAACCAUUCGGAAAAUUCGUCCUUUAUACCCUUUACUGUUGUGGCAUGCUAAACGAGACCUUUGCCAAUCUGGUGGAGUUUAAGUGUGUCUCAGGCAACGUAUUCGACUUAAAAUUUGAGAUCCUGAAACAAGAUAUAUCCGAGGAGAAGCUCAAAAACAUUAACCAGUUGACUGUACGGCCAGUAGUGGACAGCUUAAGGGUUGAGCUUGGGGCUUUGAGUGCCGUCCACCAGCUCCGUAGCUCACCGCUCUGCCGCCGCAUCUUGAAGCCUACACAAGCAGUCAAUGAGGUUUCACUGCCUAAGCAGCCGUUUACGUUCAAGGGCUGCCACAAGUUAAACGAACACCAGGAGAGCAUUGUGCUGCAGAUAUAUCAACGUAUAAUUGACGACAUACAGCCGAGUCUCACUCUGAUCCAGGGUCCCCCCGGGACCGGAAAGUCGAAGGUUAUUUCGGAACUAUGUCUGCAGACUAUGUACGGCAAUGCUGCCAAAACACUGGACCGCAAAAUCUUGAUUUGCGCACACUCGAAUACAGCCGUAGAUCAUAUUGUUGGGCUGCUAGGUUCAGUUUUGCGUGUGAUGAACCACGACCAAUUCCACCUACUGCGUUUUGGAAUGCACGAGAAGAUGAGUUCAUACUCUCGUCCUUUUUCGUUGGAGGCGCAUUUCAUCAAGGCCAAAGAGCAGAAGUUGAAGCGCGUCAGCAAAGAGAAUGCGGAAAUCUUAAAAAAGCAGCAUAUUGAUCUUAAGGGUGAGAUUCAGCAACUGAAGGAGAAAACGAAUCUCACGUCCACGUAUCUCUUGCAAAAGUUGCACCAAAAAGAAAAAAAACUGCAGCUGAUAAGUAACCAACUGAGUCCGCCGCUGACGCAGCGCGAGGAGUUUGAAAUCUCGCAGAUGUGUGUGACCAGGGCGAACAUCAUCUGCACAACGCUUUCCUCCUGUGUGAAACUGGCAAACUAUAUAGAUUUCUUUGACAUAUGCAUCGUCGACGAGGCCACACAGUGCACAGAGCCCUGGACUCUACUGCCAAUGCGAUUUGGAUUGACGCAUAUGGUCUUGGUUGGCGACAUGCAGCAACUUCCAGCUGUGGUGCUGUCGAAGAAGGCCAUAGACUUUGGCCUUUCUAAUUCGUUGUUUGAUCGGAUUCAGCGAAGCCUGCAGACACAGCUUGAUAAGCCGGGAAGUUAUCAGUUAACGCAUACGAAACUAUUUAAGCUGAGCAUGCAGUAUCGCAUGCAUCCAGAGAUCUGUCAAUGGCCCAACAAGUAUUUCUACGAGGAUCAGUUGAUAAACGCCGAGUGUACUGCUCGUUUCGCCUCACCGUUCAUUCCAUACUGCGUUAUUAAUUUAAAGUACACUCGAGACAGCAAUGGCGCCCAAAACAAGAGUAUCAGCAAUAACGAGGAGGCUGGUUUUGUGGCCAAACUUCUGACAGAAAUGGACAAACAUAUGCCCAGCAAGCGAUUUAGCUAUGGAAUAAUUUCGCCAUACCAAAACCAGUGUUACGCGCUAAGCCAGGUGAUUCCCAGUCACAUGAAUAUCACUCCUCAGACUGUGGACUCGUAUCAAGGAUUGGAAAAGGAUGUAAUCAUAAUUUCAAAUGCCAGGACACGCGGCUGUGGCUUUCUAACGAACUAUCAGAGACUUAAUGUGGCGCUGACCAGACCGCGUCGUUGUCUAGUCAUAUGUGGCAAUUUUGAAGAUCUAAAAUCUGUGGAAAUGUGGCGUAACCUUCUCGAUGAUGCUCGCAAGAGGAAAGUUUACUUUAAUUUGGACCGCGAUGAUGUGAACGACCUAGAGCGUUCCUUAAUCAAAAAGAUGAUGGUGAAUUCUAUCAACUUGAUUUAGGGGACACCACGCUCCCCAAUCAGUUAAUGAGAUUAAAACUGCUUUUUAGAUGCUAAGAUAUCCCAAGUGCCAUGGAAGGGAAGAGCUUCCCAUAUUGUUUAACAAAUGACUUUGUUAUUUAUAUAUAUAUAUUUAACAUAGAGACUGUAAGAUUUAAUAUUGAAAUCUUUGUACAUUUAGUUCUUUAAAACGCCGACGAAUUGCAUUUUCGUUCUUAAAUGCCGUACAGUAUAACAGGAUUUAUAAGUAACCGAUUAUAUAUCAUCUAUGUACUUUUUGAGAAAGAUUCAGGGGUUGAGGAUGAUGCACUAUGCAUGACGUAGUGUAUGACCGAAUAAAUGUAAAGAAAUAAAUAUUGAAAUGGUUAAAAUCAA